AUGUUCUUCAAAAACAGGCUCUGGAAUGACUUCAAAGGCGAAGUACUCGAGUCUUUACGCUACGGAUUCGCAAGUGGAAAAACAAUUGUACCCUUAAAGAUCGAAGGAUUAAACUACGCCUUCGAUUUUGUACGCAUGCUACAAGUCCAUAUUCAAACAAAAAACCAUAGAUCCAUUGCAUGGGUUGAUGAAAAUUGUAAACCAUUCUUUCCUGGAAAAUUUAUCGAUUGUGAUUUCUCAAAAGUAGCUCAAACUAAUGAUGCUGAUAGAAACGCCAAGAAAAAACUCCAUUCUGACAACGAUGAUGACGACGACGACGUUGUUAUCAUUGGAGUCAAACAUGAAUCAAAAUUUCCAAACACGAGACUACUGAGCAAGACUGAAAAGACAUACUUAUACAUAAAGAGUUUGUUCAUGAACAAUGUUGGCCACAUUGAUCCUAAUGCAUGUAUCAUAAGCAUUCAUGAUUUACAUUACUCUAGCCCCAUUGCUAGGGCUCGUUGGAGUGUUUUCGAGAAGCAAGUUGAGAUUACAGAAGCCGCAAGAGGUAACGCAAAUGUUGUUUAUAGUUGGUAUGCAGCUCCCGCAGAGAAAGUUGUAUCUAUUUUCAGGAAUGGCUUUAAGUUAAUCAGAAAUUAUCCCCAAGUGCGCCCAUCAAUUGGAGCUGGUAUUUUUCUGGCCAACUUAGAGUCACCUCAACAUAGUGGUAUGCAACAUCAGGUGGAGAAAGAUGAAGAGAAAUAUCUUGUUCUUUGUCGAAUUGUGUUGGGAAGGAUGGAAAGAGUAGAUCUUGAGACUCAUCAAACUCAUCUUUCCAAUAACGACUAUGAUACUGGUUGUGAUGAUCCUAAAAACCCUCACUGGUAUGUGGUUUGGGGUAAUGAUAUGAACAAACGUGUACUUCCGGUUUGUGUCAUCACUUGCAAAACUUCUGUUAUUAAAGAUGUGAAAUGGGAAAUGACACCGGUGGAAAUGACUAUGGUUCCUAGGUUUUAUUUAGAGAUGAAGAAACGAGUACCUAUUGAAUUUAUUUCUCCACUUCAAGAUAUAUAUGAUAUCUAUAAGAAGGAUGGUAUGAACAUGGGCGUGUUUAAGAAACAUGUAAAAGCACUUCUUGGUGAACAAAAGAUGGCGCAAAUAUUUAAGGAUAUUUACGAUGGAGAGAUUUGA